AUGGCGUCUCCCAGGGGCGGCGGUUGGUCGGGCCCAGGCCGGCGCCGGCCGCCCCCCGGCGCAGUAGCGGCGGUGGCGGCCGAGGGCGCGGAGCCCGCCGGGGCCGAGGGCCUGUACGUGGCCGUGGAGCGCUGCCCGCUCUGCAACACCACGCGCCGCCGCCUCACCUGCGCCAAGUGCGUCCGCGGCGGAGACUUCGUCUUCUUCGACGGCCGCGACUCGGAGCGGUUUUCCGAAAAGAAGGAGAGAUUAAAGCACCUUAGAAGCAAACAGCAUGAAUUCCAGUCCCAGUUGUUAAAAGCUAUGGAGGGGAAAAAGAUAACUGACCAACUGAGAUGGAAAAUAAUGUCUUGCAAGAUGCGGAUUGAGCAACUGAAGCAAACAAUUUGCAAAGAAAACGAAGAAAUGUCCAGAAAUUCUGAGUGGCUUCUUCGAAUUAGAGAUGAGAACCAGAAGCUUUACCGCAGGGCGCAGCGCCAUCAGGAGAAGAAGGAGAAGAUCCAGAGGCACAACCGCAAACUUGGGGAGGUGGUGGAGAAGAGGAACUACGACCUGAGAGGCCAGCACGAGCAACUGGCCAACCUCCGGCGAUCACAUGUCCUGGAACUGACCUCGAUCAUCUUCCCGAUUGAGGAGGUCAAGAUUGGCAUGAGGGACCCCGCGGACGUGUCCUCCGAGAGCGACAGCGCCAUGACUUCGAGUACCGUGAGCAAGCUUGCGGAAGCGAGGCGGACCACCUACCUGUCCGGGCGAUGGGUGUGCGACGACCACAACGGCGACACCAGCAUCGGCAUCACUGGGCCUUGGAUAACGCUCCCCAACAACGGCGAUUAUUCCGCCUACUACAACUGGGUGGAAGAGAAGAAAACCACUCAAGGGCCAGACAUGGAGCAUAACAACCCUGCGUACACCAUCAGCGCUGCUCUGUGCUAUGCAACUCAGCUUGUCAACAUUUUAUCGCAUAUACUUGAUGUAAACCUGCCUAAGAAGCUGUCCAACAGUGAGUUCUGCGGGGAAAACCUCAGCCGGCGGAAGUUUACGUGGGCAGUGAAAAAACUGAACGCCAACAUCCUUUACCUUUGCUUUUCCCAGCAUGUCCACUUAGACCUCCUGCACCCUCUGCAUACACUCAGGAACCUGAUGUACCUGGUCAGCCCCGAGACAGAACACUUGGGAAGGUCCGGGCCGUUCGAGAUCAGCGCUGAUCUGGAAGACUCCAUGGAGUUUGUGGAUCCCAGCGGCGCCAGCGAAACGGACGAGAGCGGGGACGAGCGCAUCAGCGACGAAGAGACGGACCUGGGGACGGACUGGGAGAACCUGCCCAGCCCGCGCUUCUGCGACAUCCCUUCCCAGCCGCUGGAAAUGCUGCAGAGCCAGAGCACCCAAGCUUCGCAGCCCAUUGCCAGCAGCAGCGCCGGCGGCAUGAUCUCCUCCGCGGCGGCCUCCGUGACCUCUUGGUUCAAGGCGUACACCGGGCACCGCUAAGGAACGGUUGGACCUUCCUGGGUGGGGGAGCGCUCCCUUCCCACGACCCGCCAUCACUGUAGUAGGCCUGACCUAUUCAGUUAAGCAAGUAGUGCCUGGAGCAAGAAGGGUCAGACCCCCCUCGUUGCAUACGCCCCUGGACGCUCUCGAUUCGCCCCAGCGGACGGCAUCGGCCGUGUUUUGUAAACGCCUCUUGCCAUACAUUUCAAACACCUGGAACGGAACUCGGCACCUGUGAGUCCCGUCUGUUUUGCUGGGGAGAGGAAGGAGGAGGAGCAGCAUCCCGUCUGUGGGUUUUGUUUUAUUUUAUUUUUAGUUUAGCCUUUAAAAAAGGAAACGGGCUGCAGGUACGUGACCUGGCCAUCGCUUGAAGCACGAAGGCUGAAGGAGAACCGGGAAAGGAAAGCCAUUUCACCGCCCCGCCAAUGCCCAAUGCAUCCGGUCAGUUCCUAACCGGGUUCUUGGGUCUCUUUGUCUUUUAAGUUUGCGUCCCUCACAAAGGCACAGGUAAAUUCUGCAGCGCAAAUGCACAUUUCGAGAGCCUUCCGGCGAGAUGGGCACAGGACGCAUUUUUAUGUGGUUUCUAAUCUCUUGUUGCCAUAAUUUUAAUACAGAAAAUCUCGGUUCCGCAAACUCAAUAGAUCUUUUUUUCCUCCUUUUUUUCCUUUUCUUUAAAGAAGAAAAGAAUUGGUGGUAGGUUAUGCCUUUUUUGCCUCUGUGUGUGUGCGUGCGUGCGUGCAUGCGCGCACGCUGUGUUCUUUCAGUAGUAGAUUCGUCUGAACGUUUUCCACUUCGAGGCUCCCUAGUCUGGCUAACACACACACCAAAGAAAGACUGGACCGUAAUAACUUGCCAAUACAGAACAAACCUUUGGCUCUCCCUACGGUUUGUCCCUUCUCACAAAUUCUCUCGUGUGAAGAGGAGCCACAAUUCUUUUGCCAUUUCGUUGCGCGUGCUCCUUGCCCCUUGUGCUUCUGGAAAGGCAAUACUUCCGGGACAGGAGUGUGAGGAUUGUUUCCUCCUGUUCCCCGUCCCCACUCGGUUAAAAUCUCAAGAGACCCUUCCCCUCCUCCUCCGUCCAGUUAGGCGUCUUGUUGGAUGUAGCGUCUUGGACGUCAGCCCCUUUUUCUAAGCAGGCAGGCUUGCCCUUGCGAAUUCCUUGGCCUAUCCCGGCGAGGGUCCCUCCUGCCCGUUCAGCUCUCUUUAGGAAGUCCACGCUUCGGCUAGGUCCGGCUCAGACGCCAGGGAAGUCAGUUCACGGGACGAAGCGCUCGUGCUCCCAAGCCAAGGUGUGCUGUGACCGCUCCGCCCCAAGGCCCCCUGCGUGGGUGGGUGCGGGGGGCAGUUUCACAUCCCCCUUCCCAACAAAAAGCGUACGUGUUGGGUGGGGAGGCACGUGUCCAGAGUUUGAUCCGGAGCUGAACUAGGACAACAUACGCAGAACUCGUAUGUCCACAUUCAAGGACAGCCUUCCCUUCCUGUUCUUCUUCUUUAACAUUUCGGCUGACGUUUCCUCUCCCCAAUGGCUGAAAACAUUGGCUUCGCAUCUACGGAGGCCUGUCUUGAAAGACUCCUCCCCCCACCCCACCCCACUCUUGACAGCGCCAGUCUUGGGCCGCUUUUCUGCCCUGGUGCCAAAUCAUACUUGCAGCAGGGCGUGUGGCGCCGUAGCAUGGGAGAUCCUUUCUGUCGAAGAACCCCCCACCCCUGCCCCAAUUAAAAACCUUGCCGAGCAAAAAGCUGCCGAGGUGGAGAUUUCCACCCCGGGACCCACGUUCACCUGACGAGUCUCCUUCAAGCUGCUGCGUCACCUUCGAUUUGGCCGUCGUCAGACCGUGUCCCACGGCUCACUUGCAUUCAAUUCCUUCGAUAGAUUGCCCCGAUUUGGCCUGGCUGGGGCGCAAGGGCAUGCGUGAGGAGGAUCGAAGCAACUUUAAUUAGCAGGUCGGCGGCGUCCCCACUCGGGCAGGCGGGAAUCCGUUGGGGGAGGCUUUUGUUCUACGAAUUUCUGUUACUAAACCAAAGAUCCCUUCUAGUUCUGUGUUCUGCUUUAAAAAAUCCAUCGGGUGACAUUUCUCAGUCCACGGACUCGUUUGGAAGAGUAUAUUCCAGCCUGCGUCAUUUCAGGCUCCUGUUAAGCCACCAGAGACCGAUCAAGGCUUUGCCUCUCCUGUCUCUAAAAAUGAAGCGGGAGGGGAAGGUUCUUAGAAGAAAAGCACUUUAUUAGUUGCAGAUGACAUGGGCUGCUUAACGUCGGGGCUCACACCUGCUAGCAGCGUGACUCCUGCGCACCAGCCCUUUCCCCAUGUAAAUAUUUUUACAUCUCCCCUUUUCUUCCCCUUUUUUUGGUUGUGUAUGGACCUUUGCUGCUUAUUUAUGGUUCGGUUGAAAAAAAGAAAGAAAGAAACCCUCCUAAUAUACAUGCUAGGAAGCCAUUUUCCAAUUCACCCCAGCAAACAGCCGGUAAGCCACGACCCCUUCGUCCCCAUCUUAAAAGGACGGCUCCUUUCUGCAAUAGUGUAGCACUCGUUCGGAGUUCACGAAGGGAUUUACUUCCCCGGGGUUGUAAUAGGAUAGAGUGUCGCAUCCUUUCAAGUAGAUCCUUUUGUAAUGCCUUUUUUUCUCUUUUCCUCCGGGGUGUGUGCGUGUUUUUAAACAAAAGAAAUGUUUUUACACACAUAUAGGCGAUCUAGAGAAACUGGGAGUGUGUGUGUGUGUAUGUGUCCAAAACUUAGUGCAAUUAAGAAAAGUUGGUUGUUCUGCUUCAUAUGGCAGGGAGAAGACCGCCAUGAACAGAUAUCCCGGGUAAAGACGGACAGUUAAGCGUUUUGUGUGAUCCUGAUUGUAAUGUUGCAAAGGCAGCGUUGCAGAUUUAGGGCGAAGACUCUCAAAGACGGCGAGUGGAGCAUCUUUUUGAGAGAUCUUGGUCUCGCAGUGCCAGUUUAAAACUAGUAGGGUUCUAACUAAACACAGAUAUGUGGGGUUUUUUUUAAAAAAAGAAAUAGUUAUUGUAUUACUGCAAUAAAUCUUUAACUGGAGUUUUUCUAA